CGUUGUCCCAGUCAGGGAGGCGGAGGCGAGGCAGUCUUGUUUUGAUGCGGUGCGAGAUCGAUCGAACCGCUGACGUUUCCGAUUCCUGAUUCUCCACCGAUAUCCUCCAGUUUCACAGAGAGUCCAGUGACAUUAUCGUCGGAUGUUAUCUUUCCGUGUAGAAUUUAUUUUGUUUUCGUUAGGGGUUAGUGCCCCACCCACUUUUUUAGGAUGGACCAGGACAUAAAUUUCGCAGCGCAAUGUUUGCUGGCGAUGUUUCACUCUCGUGACGAGAACUACCGCCCCUUGGACUUGAGCGCGCCCGCUAAGGAGCCCGAGAGGGCGAAGCCCCCCGUCUACAUGGUCGCCCGCAUCCUCACCGACCUGACGGAGAUCAAGCAGGAGCCCGUGCCUAAUGUGCCGGACGACGACGACCUCUACGAGGACGACAUCGAGGAGGAGAUCAUCGAGGUGGAUGUCACAUCCUCCCCUAGUGCCGCAGCCUCGGGGACUACGCCCCCCGGGACUGUGUUCCGCAAGAACCACAGGUGCGCCCAUCCCGGCUGUACCAAGGUGUAUGGCAAGAGUUCGCACCUCAAGGCGCACCUUCGAACCCACACAGGCGAACGGCCUUUCCCCUGCAGAUGGCUCGACUGCGGCAAGAGGUUUGCUCGGUCCGACGAGCUCGCUCGACACCUUCGCACUCACACUGGCGAGAAGAACUUCAAAUGUCCUGUCUGUAGCAAGAAGUUCAUGAGAAGCGACCACCUCAGCAAACACGCCAGACGACAUCCCAACUUUGACCCGACGGUUCUACGUCAGCGCAGGCCUCCGGUGAAGGCGUUCUCAGUAAACUCCAGCGAUGGAACGCCCUCGGAGCACUCAGUCCCGUCCCCGUGAACGCUCUCAAUGUUCUCGUCUCGACAUAUCAGUACCUAGCCUCUCGAGGUUCAUCCCAUCGCAACCAACACAGUCCCAUGAUGCAACGCUUCAAGUAGAACUCGGCGAACACAACUAGACUAACUAGAUGGUUUGUGACGGAAGGAUGCCUACGUCUAAGGGCAUUACGGAGAGAUGUAGGGUGACUUUGAAAGAUAAGAUAAAAGGUGCUAUAAGUUAUGGCAUUUUGUUUGUGUCGUACCAUAUGUUUAUUUUAGACAGCAGAGUGUGGAGGACACCAAAGCAGUUGUACAUGUAUUGCUACUAAAAGACAGUGUUAUAAUCCAUCCAGGAAAAUUUGUGUUGUUUCAAAACAUGUUUGAAAUUGAGUAGUAAACUUAUUCCUUAAUAAACAGAGAACAAGUUUUAGGCUGAAAUUAAAAAGGGACGAAAGUGAUUUACUUAGCGUAGAUUUAUUGUUAAAGAAUUGAAAAGAUUUUGCACAUUUUGUAGACAUUUGGUCAAUAAAAGUGUGAUUGACCGUCCAGCUUUAAACUUGUUUGUAUAUGGUUAUAUUUAUUUAAACGUCCGGAUGUUAAAGUCUAAAAGGCAGUUUAUCAAUGCUUCAAUUCAUGUGAGAUGUCAGUUAAUUUUCAACUUUUUUUCUGUGACAAAAAAAUGAAAACGGCUUACUAAAUUAAAAAUGCAUUAAAUCUUAGAUUAAAAACAUUUAAGUCUUGAAACAUUACAUGCUGCAUUUUUAAAAUGAAUGUGUGUAUAUUAGUACGGUAGUGCAAUUAACUAUAAACUAUAGUAGCCUACUUUAUUAAUUAAGACCAUAUUCUAGUUAACAUAUACAAUUGUGUUUAUUUUAGUAAUCAAUUAAUUGAUUGUGUUAUUUUUUUAAACUGUUUUGGAUAUUUUAUUUAAAACAAU